CGCGCGGACGGGUUUUUCCCGUGGCGCUCUGGGGCGCGGGAGAUUCGUAGACAAUGGCUGGAGUUUGGUCUCCAUACUGUGGUAAGGGAUGCGCUUCUGUUUCCUGUGUGUGUGAUCACAAGAAGAGGGGCGACUCCUCGCUGCUGGGCCGGCGGCUCUCGGAAGACUCAAGCCGCCACCAGCUGCUGCAGAAGUGGACGAGCAUGUGGAGCUCGGCGAGUGGGGACGCGUCGGUGGUCGGGGCGGAGAAGGCGCCGAGCGAGGAGGAGGCGGCGGAGGUGGAAAACCCGCUGGUGUUCCUGUGUUCCGGAUGCCGGCGGCCGCUGGGCGACUCGCUGAGCUGGGUGGCCGGCCAGGAGGACACCAACUGCAUCCUGUUGCGCUGUAUAUCCUGUAACGUUUCUGUGGAUAAAGAGCAGAAGCUGUCCAAAUGGAAAAAUGAAAAUGGUUGCAUUCUUGAGACUUUGUACUGUUCCGGCUGCUCCCUCCACCUUGGCUACGUGUACAAAUGCACACCCAAGCAUCUAGAUUACAAGAGGAACUUGUUCUGCCUCAGCGUGGAAGCCAUCGAAAGUUACACUUUAGGGUCCUCUGAGAAGCAAAUUGUGUCAGAAGACAAAGAGCUUUUUAAUCUUGAAAGCAGAGUUGAAAUGGAAAAGUCUCUGAAACAGAUGGAAGAUGUCUUGAAGGCAUUACAGACCAAGCUGUGGGAGAUCGAAUCGAAAUUGUCCUUUACCAGCAAUAGCUGAACUUGGUUCCAUGGCUGCCUCUCUUACUCUCACAGGAGAAGGUGUGCAGAGUACUUCUGCAGAUCUACAUUAUGGAUUGUCCCCCACAUUAGAAUUUUAAAGCUAGUUUAUGAUACCUGCUGGAAUUGGAAUUUAGGAAUUUUCAUUUUGAUAAGAAACUGGGAUUUUUCUGAACUAUUCUCUAUGUCAAAAUCAUUAUUCUUGACUUCCUCUACUUUUAUAACUUGCUUUCACCUUUAAUAUGUGGAAUAAUAUUGAAUAGUGAAUGGUAAGAACUUAGUUUUUUCCACCUACUUUGAAAACAUGCUGCAAGCUUUUUGGAAAAACUGGUUAGUUGAAUUAUUUGUUAGAAUUCUUUGAAAACUUGUCUGAGAACAGAAUAAAAUACACACACACACACACACACACACACACACACACACACGGGGUGGAGGCGUGCACACACAGGAUUCCAUUUUGUGCUGCUAUAUGUUUAAGAAAAUCUGAAAGAAUAUUUAACACAGUCACUUAUUUCUGGGGUUAGGAUCCUAGGGGAAUGUUUUUGUUUUUCCAUAAUGUAAGACUUUUGUAGUUAGCAUAUUUGGUGUGUGUGUGUGUGUGUGUGUGUGUGUGUGUGUUUUUGA